AUGGCAACCGAAACCGCUUCUGUUCCUCCCACCAUGAAAGCCUGGCUCUGGACAGAUGCCACCGGUGGUCUCGAGAAGAACCUCUACCGGUCCGACUCGGCGACUCGGCCCGGCCAGACACUGCACAAGGACCAGGUCCUCGUGCAGGUUAUCUCCACGUCCCUCAACCCAGCUGACUACAAAGUGCCGGAGAUGGGACUCGUCCUCAAGCUAGCUGUUUCGACGCCUGCAUCGCCGGGCUUGGACUUUUGCGGCCGGGUCGUCGCAACGGGACCUGCGGUGGCGGCAGAGGGGCAUAAUGGCAUGAAGCCAGGCCAGCUCGUGUUUGGCUGUCUGAAUCCGCCAUUGCAGUUCGGUGCGCUGGCCGAGUAUGUCGUCUGCCCGUCUAGUGUCCUGGUGCCGCUGCCUGAGGGCGUCGAUCCGGACCAUGCAGCAACGAUUGGAAUUGCGGGCCAGACCUCAUACCAGGUCAUCCAACCCCAGGUCUCCGAGGGCGAUCACGUCUUCAUCAACGGAGGUUCUGGUGGAUGUGGGAUAUACGCCAUCCAGAUCGCAAAGACACUCGGGUGCCACGUCACGGUGACCUGUUCAACGCGCAAUAUCGAGUUGUGCAAGGACCUGGGGGCGGACGAGGUGAUUGACUACACGGCGACAGACGUCGUCCAGACGCUCAAGCACAAAGGCCCCGUGUUCAGCCUCGUGGUCGACAUGAUCGGGACGCCGGACGAUCUAUACAGGGAAAGCCAUCACUUCCUGCUUCCCGGGAAGCCGUUCGUCCAGGUGGGCGUUGCGUCGAUGGUCACGGCGGCAGACCGGUUGCUGCGGCCGCGAUUGCUGGGCGGCGGGCAGAGGCCGUACCAGGUCGUGCUGUUUAAAAACCGGCAGGACCAUCUCCGCCAGCUGGGAGAGUGGAUUCAGCAAGGCAAGAUCCGGGUCGUGCUCGACAGCACGUUCGAGUUUGACGACGCGGUCAAGGCGUUCGAGAAGCUCCGGACGCAGCGAGCUCGGGGCAAGAUUGUUGUUCACUUAUUAGCAGACGAUCUUUUCUCAAAGGCAUCUGAUGCGAAUUACCGGUUCAUCCAUAGUGAUCACCCCCAGAGAAGGCAACACAAGAAGCACAGUAAUGUUCUGUACGAAGCAAAUGUACGUACCGGGUACUACUAG